UCUGGCCCGGCAGAACCCGCACAGCCCCACGCGCCUCUGCUCUCCUCUCCUCUCUCUCUCAGUCAGUGCUCUAGACAGAAGGGGAAGUGGCAGCGCGGUAUUCUCAGCCUUUCCGUCACUCGAGGCUUAUGGCACAGACGGCCCUUUUUCUUUCUUCUACUGGUACCCCCACCACUCUUUAAAAAUUCCGCCGAAAAAGAGAAGACGAUUUACCCAAAAAACUGGGCCGUUACCUCACGGCACACCCUUUUCUGUGCAGGUGUACAACUACCCAGAAGGCCUAGGGGCGGCGCUCUACCGGGAGCAAUUCGACUUCAACGCCGAGCCGCCUUGGGAUCCUAGCUGAUAGUGGGAUAGGUCCAUCUCCUGACUUGUCCAUUUUGUUGCAUACACCUAGGACCCCAAGGGCUCAGACUCGACUUUGGACCACUUGCUUUUAUGAUUGUUGGAUUUGCGGAAUACGGUUGAGAUGAAAGGAUUUGCUGAUGAACCCAGCUACACCAUUGAACUCCUGGAGGAUGGCACCACCCUCUCGGACGUCAUUGACAACCAUAUCUAUGAACAAGCUUUGGCUGAGAAGAAUGCGUUCUUCGUGACUGACCUUGGGGUCCUGCUGCGACAGCAUGCCCGCUGGCGUGCCCACAUGGCGCAGAUACGGCCUUACUACCCCGUCAGGUGCAACAGCAGCCCUGCCGUCAUCGAGAUCCUUGCUGCCCUUGGCGUUGGCUUCGCGUGUUCUAACAAGAAUGACCUAGUCCUGGUGCAGGACUUUGGUGUGUCCCCUGAGAACAUCCUGUACACCGGUGCUUGUAAGCAGCUCUCCCACAUCAAGUACGCUGCCAAGAGUGGCAUUGACGUUCUUGUCUGUGACAACGAGACCGAGAUGUGCAAGAUUGCACGGUGUCACCCGAGAGCGAAGCUUCUCCUGCAGAUGGCCACCGAGAGUUACACCGAAGCCACUAGCAUGACCUUUGGCUCCUCGCUCAAGGGUUGCAGGCAUCUGCUGGAGAAUGCUCAGGAGCUGGACUUGCAGGUGGUCGGGGUCAGGUUCCACAUCCCCACCUCCUGCAGGGACAACCAGGCCUAUGCUCACGCCGUAGCAGAUGCUCGCUGUGUGUUUGACAUGGGGUCAGAGCUGGGCUUCCAUAUGAACAUCCUAAACAUUGGUGGUGGUUUCAGUGGAUCAGAGGAACAGCUGGAGCAGAUUGAGGGCAACAUGCAGCCCCAUUUGGACUCGUACUUUCCUCCGGAGUCUGGCGUCUCUGUGAUUGCUGAACCCGGAGCCUACUACGUUUCCUCCUCCUUCAGCCUGGCCGUCAACAUCAUUGCCAAAAAGACUGUAUCCUGGGACCAGUGUGGGCAGCCGCAUGAGGCGUCGUUUCCAAAGAACGAACCAGCAUUCCUGUAUUACAUGAAUGACGGUGUAUACGGCUCGUUCUCCUGCAAGCUGCUGGAUGACACUGUCCCAGCCCCUUCUGUCCAUAAAGCCCUGCCAGCAGCAGAGCCCCUGUUUGUCAGCAGCCUUUGGGGUCCUUCGUGCGACGGGUUGGACCAGGUGGUGGAGCGCUGCAUGCUGCCUGAGCUCAGUGUUGGAGACUGGGUGGUCUUUGGCGACAUGGGUGCCCACAGCCUGGGGGAGCCAUCCACCUUUACCUCAGUGGACAGACCACCCGUCUACUACGUAGUAUCUACACGUGAUUGGUACGAGAUGCAGGAUGCUGGAAUCAAUCUGGACACCCCAGUAAAGAACUUCACUUUGCUCCCAUACUGCUUCCAGUUCAACGAGCAGGAGGAUGUCUUCGCCCCAGCCUGAUACAACCCAGAAGGCUUGGGAAAGAAUGCAGCUUGGAAGACUAGGGGUCUGUAGUGGUAGUGGAGAAGGGUUUCCCUGGGACCAGACAACAUGGUGACAGUAUUCAUUUUCAUCCUUCAUAUUUCAAAAGAGCAGAUUUCGUAUCAAAGUUUCCCCCCUCAAAACAGUUGGUCCACAUAAUAUGCAACAAAAUGGAUGACUCUGUAGAGAUGGAAUCCCACCUCAUGGGUUCUUAAUCGGCCACAGUUUAUAUAUGUAUGUUCAGUUUUAUUUAAUUUUAUUUCAUAUAUCUCUAGAGAUGACCUAUUCUGCCAGUCUUGUAAAUCAUCUUUCUGCCCAUCAAGGUGCAGCUGUUAAUAAAAAUGCCAAGAUAUGAUUUCAAGGAAUUUUAAAUGCGAAGAUCAAUGUAAAUUUGUGCUUUGACUGGUAGCUUCGUAGAGCCUGAUUUCCUUUUUGUCUUUUGGAGCCUGAUCAAAACGAGUCAUAAUUGCAAUAAACGUGUGUGGGUGUGUUAUUUCUCCAGGUUCUGAUGCACAGAAAGCACGUAGGUGAAUUUCAGAUUCUGUGACAGUAUCUAUAGGAAAUGCUUUGCUUGGCUGUGGGCAUCACAGUUGGAUGUUUACUGGUCUUUUCUGCUCUUGGUCCAUGUGUUGGUUGCUGUUUGCAGCUGGCUGGUGGUCUCAAUCCAGUCUGGACCUCCUGGACUAGUGCUUGACAUAUGGACUGCGCACAUUGCGUGUAAGAUUCCACUUUGCUGCUGACAGCAUGUAUGAGAGUCCUGAGUGGUCUGUGUUGGUUUCCCAUCUGCCUCUCUCAGACCUGCUCUUUUCACUCAUGUUGUGCUGGCACACAGUCUCCUGUAAUGACCAACCAAGUAAAAGCAUUUAAAAUUAACACCCAGCUUGUAAAUCCCCCCCUCAACAAAGAGCUCUGAUGUCAGUAAACUUUGAUUUAAGGCACUAAUGGAUGUAAACCUGUUGUUGACUGUACAAUUGUGUGUUAAAGUAAUGAAAGUGAUUAAUUUAA